CCACUCUGUUCUCCCAUCUAAGCCAGCCAGCCAGCCAGCCCUUGCUCAUUUCCUCUGCAAAACAAGAAGGAGAAGGAGAAGGAGAAGAAAGCCGCCAUGGACAGAGGACAACACGAGCUUCAAUUCCUUGGGUUUUGUGGAACCUUCAAGCAAUCCUUCAAGAUCGUCCUCCAAUGGCGAAAAAUCUUCAGCCAGAUCACUCUCGCCCUAAUCCUCCCUCUCUCCUUCAUCUUCCUCGCUCACUUCGAGAUCUCCCAACUCCUCUUCUUCAAAAUCAUCACCAACGAAGACGACCUCUCCUAUACCGACAUCAACUCCCGCGACCACGCCAAGCUUCGCCGCGCCAUCUCCUCCGAAUGGACCUUCUUCUGGCUCUUCAAGGCCGCCUACUUCACCUUCCUCCUCGUCUUCUCUCUCCUCUCCACCUCCGCCGUCGUCUACACCAUCGCCUGCAUCUUCACCGCCAAGCCGAUCUCCUUCGUCAAAGUCAUGAGGAUCGUCCCCAAAGUCUGGAAACGCCUUGCAGUGACCUUCCUCUGGAGCUUCGCGAUCGUCCUCGUCUACAACGUCCUUGCGAUCGGAGUCCUCGUGCUCUGUAUCGUCCUCCUAGGGAUUUCCCCCGCCGGAAUCGCGAUCGGAAUCCUUUUCCUCAUCGCCUACCUCGCCGGAUUCGUCUACAUUGGCAUAGUCUGGCAUUUGGCGAGCGUAAUUUCGGUUCUGGAAGAAUCUUACGGAAUCAAAGCGAUGAAGAAGAGCAGAGACUUGAUUAAGGGGAAAUUAGGCCUCGCCGUGGCGUACUUCCUUCUGAUCGGCUUCUGCUUUGUCGUGAUCGAGCUGAUCUUCGAGCACUUCGUCGUGAUCGGAAUUGUCGGCGGUUUGGCGGUCAGAAUUGUGGUUGGAAUCGUUUGCUUCUUGUUGCUGUUCAAGGUGAUUCUCUUUGGUCUUGUGAUUCAAACCAUUAUCUACUUCAUUUGCAAAUCAUAUCACCACGAGAAUAUCGAUAAGUCAUCUUUGUCCGAGCAUCUUGAGGUUUAUCUGGGUGAUUAUGUUCCUCUUAAGUCCAAAGAUGUCCAAUUAGGAGAAGUUAAUAAUAGUGUUUAGCUGUUCAAUUUUAUUUUUGUUUACCUAUAAUAUACAUCACAGAUUGUAUAAGCAAAA